CCUCUUUCUUACGCAAUUACAACACUUGAAACGCCUCUCUCUGUCUCUCUCUUCGCCGUGAAUGUCUAGAUAGUCAUAAGCUCUCUGUUAAAUGUUGCUCAAUUCUCUAAAUUUUUCCUAAAUUGUGAGGGGCACAGAGAGAGAGGCGCAUAGGAAACGGUGAUUUUCACAGUUCCCGGAGAAAGAAUCGGCUGAGUUUUUUUUAUCCUUUAUUGCUGCCCCGGAGAAUCUGAAACUCACUCACUCGAAAUUAGCUAGUGGAUUUUGGGUGGGGUUCUCUUAAUUCUGGAGAAAAAACUUGAAUUUAUACAAGAUGUUUGGGUGUGAUUGCUUUUACUGGAGCAGAGGAAUCUCCGAGUUGGAUUCCGAUUCGGCCGAGCCAAAGCCUUUCUCGCUUCCGUCUCCUCUUCCUAGCUGGCCACAAGGAAAUGGUUUUGCCACGGGAACAAUAAACCUAGGAGAAAUUGAAGUGGUGAAAAUCACCAAGUUCCAUAGAGUUUGGAGCUUUGAUUCAUCGCACGCAAAAUCGAAACGUGCUAUAUUUUACAGAGCCGAGGAAAUUCCAGAAGGUUUCCACUGCCUUGGUCACUAUUGCCAGCCAGCUGAUCAGACCUUGAGAGGUUAUGUACUUGCAGCUCGGGCUACCAAACCCAACAAUGCUGAUGAUCUCCCGCCCCUGAAAAAGCCAGCGAGUUAUUCUUUAGUUUGGAGUGCUGAUUCAGAGAAAGAUGGCGGUGGCUAUUUCUGGCUACCUAUUCCUCCUGUUGGUUACAGAGCAAUGGGAGUUAUUGUAACUCAACAACCAGGGGAACCUGCGACAGAGGAGGUUAGAUGUGUAAGAGAGGAUCUUACAGAGAGUUGUGAAACCUAUGAGAUGAUACUUCAGGUGGGUUCUUCGAAGAAGUCGAACCGCUCUGAUUCUCCUUUUAGUGUAUGGAGCACCCGACCUUGCGAGAGAGGAAUGCUGUCUCAAGGUGUAGCUGUUGGGUCAUUCUUUUGCUGCAUUUAUGAUCUGUCUUCUGAUAGGACAGUCUCUGAUAUUGGAUGCUUGAGGAAUCUAGAUCCGACUUUACACGCAAUGCCAAAUCUCGACCAGGUCCACGCAGUUAUAGAACACUACGGACCAACAGUCUACUUCCACCCUGAAGAGGCUUACAUGCCUUCAUCCGUACAAUGGUUCUUUAAAAACGGAGCUUUGUUGUACCGGUCAGGGAAAUCACAAGGUGAAACGAUUAACUCCACAGGUUCGAACUUGCCUGCUGGAGGAUGCAAUGAUAUGGAAUUCUGGAUAGACCUUCCCGAAGACGAAGAAGAAAAGAGUAAUCUCAAGAAAGGAAACCUUGAAAGCUCCGAGCUUUACGUUCAUGUGAAACCAGCACUUGGUGGAACAUUCACUGACAUCGUUAUGUGGAUUUUCUGCCCCUUUAAUGGCCCGGCCACACUCAAAAUUGGGAUAUUCACGUUACCUAUGACCCGCAUAGGGGAACAUGUUGGUGACUGGGAACAUUUCACUUUCCGCAUAUGCAACUUCUCUGGUGAGCUGUGGCAAAUGUUCUUCUCUCAGCACAGUGGUGGUGGUUGGGUUGAUGCAUCAGAUAUUGAGUUUGUGAAAGAUAACAAACCGGCUGUGUACUCAUCUAAACACGGACAUGCGAGUUUCCCUCACUCAGGAAUGUAUCUCCAAGGCUCGUCAAAGCUGGGGAUUGGAGUGAGAAAUGACGUUGCGAAAAGUAAGUCCAUUUUGGAUUCUAGCCGAAGGUAUGUGAUUGUUGCAGCGGAGUAUUUAGGUAAUGGAGUUGUGAUCGAGCCGUGCUGGUUACAGUAUAUGAGAGAAUGGGGUCCGAGCAUUGCCUAUGAUUCAGGGUCUGAGAUCAAUAAGAUCAUGGAUCUUCUUCCUUUGGUAGUUAGGUUCUCUUUUGAGAACAUUGUUGAUUUGUUUCCCAUUGCUCUUUAUGGAGAAGAAGGUCCUACGGGGCCAAAGGAGAAAGAUAACUGGGAAGGAGAUGAGAUGUGUUGAAACUUGAAAGAAGAAAAACUUCUGUGAACAAAAAGGUUUAAUGGAAGGAUAUGUUCAGUGUCAGUAUCUGCAGCGCUGCGUGACUAAUAUGUAUGUACAGUAUACUAGUUUAGGGUUUGAUCUUGGUGUUGUAAUUUGAUGAUGUAAGACCUAAAACGCUGUAUUUGCGGCUGUUAUGAGCAAUAUGAAUGAUGUAUUUUGUUAAGUUGUUCUGCUCUGUUCUCGUA